UUAAAUUUCGCGGCCCGGCUUUUGACUGCGCAUGCCCUCUGCCGGAUUCUUGCGCACAUGGCAAAGACCAACCACGCUGGGUAACCGAAAAUCAGUCAGUAUCAAAUCAAGCAGGCAAGCGGAUUGUUUCUGCUUGUAUCUUAAUAAUACUAGAAAGUAGAUAUUAAUAUAUUUUUGUACAAGUGAACCGUUUUUAAUACUACUAGCGUCGUUUUUAUGACUUAAUAUUCAGCAAUCGAAGGUCUAGUGCUUAAUAUCAGCGACAAUCAAGUUGGUUGUUAUCGAAAAACUGUGUUUUCUCUGGUGUUAAAAUGCCGGCGUCGAAUCUUUUCGCUGAAAUGGAUCGCGGCAGUGGGAUCGGCGAUGAAAGGGCUCUACAACUAGCUCUGGAAUUGUCAAUGCUCGGUUUUAGCGAGCCUCUUCCUUCGGUUUCUGAGCCAGAUAGCCCUGGAGAUCUGAGUUCUUUCGUCAACCCUCUCGCGAAUGUGGGCUUAGAGGAAGUCAGAUCCAAGAAGUCACAGAACAUGACCGAGUGUGUUCCCGUUCCCAGUUCGGAGCAUGUGGCCGAAAUCGUAGGCAGACAAGGCUGCAAAAUCAAGGCUCUCCGUGCGAAGACCAACACUUACAUCAAGACUCCGGUUAGAGGCGAAGAACCGGUGUUCGUCGUGACAGGACGCAAGGAAGAUGUCGCCAAAGCCAAACGAGAAAUCCUUUCAGCAGCAGAGCAUUUCUCACAGAUUAGAGCUUCCCGAAAAAACAAUUUAGCUGGAUUAGGAUCAGGCGCCAGCACACCACCAGGCCCACCAGCUAAUAUCCCCGGUCACGUUACCAUCCAAGUAAGAGUACCUUACCGCGUAGUCGGUUUGGUAGUCGGGCCCAAGGGGGCUACCAUCAAGAGAAUCCAACAUCAAACUCACACAUACAUCGUCACACCCAGCCGUGAUAAAGAACCAGUAUUUGAAGUUACCGGAUUGCCAGAAAGUGUAGAAUCAGCCAGAAGAGAAAUCGAAGCUCACAUCGCCAUGCGUACUGGUAAUGGAACUACCAUCAACGGCUUGCAGGCUUUAAACGGCUUGGACGAUAAUGAUCUGAUUGCUUCCUUGUAUAAAUCUGGUCUGAGUUCCCUUCUCAAUUACAUGGAGCCCACUACAGAUAAUCCAUUUCCGACAAUGACAUCUUCAACCGGUAGCAGUGGAGCUUUUUCUAGUUCAGGAUCCUGCUCAAGCAGUUCCUCAAGCAGUGGCGGCAGGGACCUCGGAGCGAUCUGGAGCUCCAAUGACAGAGAUGAAGGUCUAGGCGAUUCCCCUAGCUUUGAUACAUCCACAGCUCUGUCGAGCAUCUGGUCAUAUCCAACUGUGUCAGCUCCCUCGAGACCAUCACCAGCCAACAGCACAAGCCCCGCAGAUUCAUUGCUCAGCUCAACCACCAAAUGCUUAGUGUGCACCGAUGCCAAAGUAACGCACGCAUUGGUACCCUGCGGCCAUAACUUCUUCUGCAUGGAUUGUGCGACUAGAGUAUGUGAGGGCAGCGAGUCUCAAUGUCCAGUUUGCUCCCUUCCUGCUAUACAAGCGAUCCGCAUCUACUCGCCCAACCCUUAAGCCCAUCAUCGGCCACUGAUCGAUCUCGCUCCAACCACCUCCGCAUUCCCUGGGCGCGUAUGCCCCGUGUUCAACUUCAGCUUCGGUACCGCUCUUAACUUCACCCUCACGAACAUACAACGAAUGCUAAAUUUUCUACUUUUAGUCUUAGUUUCUUUUCCUAUACUUUCGGAAUCACUUUUUUGUUUUAUAUUUUGUUAUUUUAGGUAUAAACUUUAUUUUAAUCGGUGUGUAGUUAAGAGACUGACCGAAUUGAAGUGUAGUCAUCUUCUAAUGCCAGUUUAAACAGUUUCUUUUAUAUUGUAUCACGGUUUUGAUAGUAUUAGAGUUAUAUUGGUUUAUUUUAUAUUUUUACUUUUGUGUAUGUAUUCUAAUUUCGUCGUUUAUAAGCGUAAACAUAAAAAAGACAAGACGCUACACUACAAUUAGAAUUUUAUGAUACCGGUAAGUGUUUCGUUAUUUUUUUAAAUAUAUUUUUUUAAGUUUCGCCAUGUGAAGUGUCACAUUAUGAAAGUCUGAAAACAGCAAUUCUCAAAAUAUUAUUUAAGAUAUAAAACUGAAAAAUUUUAAUAUAAUAUAUGGAUAAAAAACAUAGCAAAAAUAAUAAAAAAUAUAUAUGAUAACUGAAGUGAGAAUUAGUUUGGUAGUCUGAAAGAAAGAUGCCUGGUUGUGCGGUGAGAAUAAUGCAAAUUUAGCAAGGUUGGAAGCAGGGGCCACUAAACAUAUCGCUGCCAACAUCCUGUACAUUCUUAUUCAUCUGCAAUAACAAAGUGGUUCCAUUGAAUUUAAUUCUUGAACAAAUUUUGCUAUUUAUGGCCACAACAAUGACUGGAUACCACCUUACGAACAUAAUUUAACAAUUAUCAAUUAACGCCUUAAUAUAGUUUUCCCAAACUGUACCUAUAUCUUGUUGAAUUCUAUUAUUUACAAAUACAUACUAUCAUUAAGUAAUAGUAGACCCGCAAUUUUAUUAGUUUUAAUAACUAAACGCAAUUUUUUGAUUUUAUGAAAAUUUUGACCAGUAUUAACACUUAAUAAAUCCUUUUGACUGCGCCAAUUUUGUUAAAGUUACAUAUAAUAUUAGCGGGAGCGUUCAUUUUGCAAGAUUUUGAGAAUGUGGGAUAUUGGCGGCGUCUGGAGAUUGGUAGGGGGCCUUACGGCUGUGAUCAAUGCCAAAACUGCCACUCGCCGCUUCGCAAGUCGUCGGAAAGGAGUUCACCCCCCUAAUAACGAAAUACAUAUCCCUUAUUGUUAGUUGAUCAGUGGUUGUUGCUAUUGUUCUGUUAUGUGAUGUGAUACAUAUAUUUCUAUAUUUCUAUAAGUUGUGAGAGAUUUUAUAAUGUAAUAUAAAUUAUUUAUAUUGUGUAACUCUACUGGAACACCGGCAGUCUUGCGAUGCGGCUUUUGAUAGUUGUAUAACAAACUAAAAAUUAUGCCCCAACAGGGCCCAUCAGCUAAAUAUUUAUUAGAUAAAUUUCAAUUUUGGUCCAACUUGAAAGGUUCGUCAAUUCUUGGGGAUUUUUGGCUUAGGCUUGUGAUUAUUUAUGGCAGCAUCAUUACUACGUAGAAGUAUUAAGAUUCUUAAACCCCCAAACUGUAUAUCUAAAAAAAAAAAGAUAUAGCCCACGAUCAAUUUUGUUCAGUAUUUUAACUUUCAUUCAGAAGUAUUAAAUUCUGUUUUGAUUAUCCCAGUGAAAAGUAUUUAAUAAGUAUUAUUGUGAUUAGAUCAGCUUUUUGUAUCAAAAUAUUAAGAAUUGAUCACAUAUAGAAUUUACGAACCUAUAAAUACAGAAGAGGCGCCCACAAAUCACGUGGUUAAAGAAUAAUAAGAAACACAAAUAGUAAUGACAUAAAUGUAAAAAUCUUUAUUUUGUUCCAUUUCAAAUUUUGAUUAUCUUUAACUGGUUGGAGAUCUAACCAACGGAGUGCUAUGUAGGGCAGCCCUUUAUGAACAAAAUUAAAUAUUAAAAUAAUAUAGAAUUUAGCGUGGCCCCCUUUCCUGCGUCACUUGCUUGGAUCCUUCAGUAUUCACAUGUCACCCCUUACCCCGGUUCGUCCGGGUUGUUUUUUUCGUGCAUUUCUCCCCUUGCCUGCACUUUUUUUAGUAGACAAUUUAGGCCUCACCCUAGUGUCGGAUUAUCCUAGACGACCGAUAGUGGGACUAUUCAUUAUCCACUAUUUUUAAUAUGCACACAAAGACAUACGAUGCGCAUAGAAAUGAUAAUGUAAAGGGUAAAGGGCAUAGGGUAGUGCUGUUCUGCAUAUCUACAUUACUAAUUUUGCAUUUAUUGUUAUUGAAAACAUCAUUAUAUUGCAGACAACUAGAGUCUUAAAAGUUGUUGUUUUUUUUUAAAUUACAAUGUAUUUGUUCAUGCCCCUACCAAGUAUCAUCAUCCAAUAUUUAGAUAUUUUCAUUAGACUCAUCAGUUUUUUAUCUAAUGAGCUGUUUUUAGCCCAAAAUGUGAUUUUUUAUUUGAAUUUUUAGGUCACUUUUCUAUUUACAAUAAAGCUCUAGCUAUAUUUUGUUAUUUUUUUAGAAAAAUCUAAACUUACAAAUCAUUAUUUUAAAAAGUAUCCCUAUAUGUUUUAUUUGUUAUAUAAUAUAUAACAUGUUAUAUGCUUAUAUUAUAAGUAAACAUCUUUUUGACGCAUUUUUUAUAUGUAAUGGUUCACACUCUCUAAAAAUCAUUCUGUCUUUUUUACGACUAACUCAUCAGUUUCUAUCUUUCACCUUUCUCUUAUUUUUCUUCGUCGUCAUCUUUAUUUUAGUUCCAGUAUAUGAAUUUUUUCUUCCAAUUCAUUCUAUCGUUAUUAUUGUCACACCACCUUUUUGGACACAUUUUGAAUAUUUACUUUUUAUUCCUGCACAGUACUUCUAUACCUACAUGGAACAUAUUUUAAAAUACAUAGUACAGUGGACAUAUUCUAAAGGUGCCGGUGGGGGAUGGCGUCUAGCGCAGUAUUAUAGUCGGUGUAUGAGAGAGAAAGUAUUCGAAAUAAUGAAAUAACAAAUUUGAUAUUUAUUUCAUUAUUUCGAAUACUUUUUCUCUCAUACACCGACUAUAAUACUGCGCUAGACGCCAUCCCCCACCGGUACCUUUAGAUUCUAUGCACUGUACGUUUGUAAUUGUUCUAAACCACUCAAGCUGUAUCGUUUGUGGUUCCUUCACAGUGCCACAAGCUCCCUUGAAAUUGUUGAGAUAAUGUGUAAGAAAUUAUUCAAGCAACUACAUCGCACGUAUUGUGAAAGCAUCAUUAUGUCUUUGAAGGCGUUUUAGAUGUAGUGGUUAUGAUGUGUCUAUGACAGGAUAGCCGUUCUCUAGAAAAUGGUCUAUCGAAACUCGUUGCCUGGCGCAGACUGGCUUUCAUGCGCUUAUAUACCUAUUAAAUAUAUAUAUUAAGAAACUAUAUUUUGUUUUUAUUUAUUUUUUUAUUGUAGAAUUGGAAAAAAUCGUUAUUAGAUAUUAUAUAAAUUUAUAUAUAUUUUAUUAUUAUUAUUGCUUAGCCAGUCUGAGUCAGCCUGAGAAUAGUUCGUGACUUAGUUUUGUUUGUACGUUUGUAUAUAAGUUGUUGUUUUAUAACUAUAAUACCAUAUUAUUACAAUUAUUAUUUUAUUUUUUUACAUAUUUUUGUGAAGAUAUUUAACUAUGAAUGUUAGUACAAGUACAUGUCCACAGUUGAGUGCAGAAUGACUGUUUGAGAGUACGCUGCUGACCUCAACACAACACAGGAUUUAUUACAAAUGGAUCCAGAUAUUCUGGAUACCUUUGGUAUUGAUGCGUGUUCUUUAUGUUUAGUCUUAGUGCAUUCUAAACUAUAAGUUUAUAAAUAUUAUUCAUUGCAACGAUAAUUAUUUUUUAUUAAAUUUUACUUAUAAUUUCUGAUCCAUUUUAAUAAAAAUUACCAAAUUUUAAUAAAGAUUAUUACAUAAAUAAAUUGCAUAGAUAUAUUUUUAUAAUUGCUUUCAAAUUCGUAAGUACUUUAGAUCAAUUUGGUUUACUCAAAAAUUUGUUUUUGCAAAUUUUAUAUCUAUUAACGCUUCAAGAUUUCACAGAGACUUGCGCAUUCACAAUAGUUUAGUUUUGUUUCAGAGUGUAAGCUUUUAGAACGGACACACAUCUUAUGGAAAAAAUAAAGUCACUCGAAUACAAUAAACUUUACAUUAAUAGAUUCGUCUCAAAAUUACAGUGAUUUUGUAUUAUUGCGCCAAGUCUAAAUUUUAAUUAACAAGGGCGUAAAUUGUAAUUAAAGUUUAUCGAAAUCACAUUUUUGAAGUUUAUAAAAGUGUAAUUCAUAAAUAUGUACCUACUAUUAGUCUAAUGCUAAUGGCUAUUGAAAAUAGUUUCCCAGUGUCAGUUUUACAAUAGGUGAACAAUAUACUUUUGUGCUACUGAUCAAUUUAUACCUACUUUAUUAUCAAUAAGAUAAGAUUAAGCCUUUUGAAGAAAGAUUUACAAACUGGCGAUUUACAACAUCUUUUUUCUCUUUUUGCGCACGUACACUCGCAUCUGAUUUUAUAUUUAUAUCAAUUUACGCCCUAAUUAAGCAAAAUUCAGAGUUGGCGCAAUGAUAUGAAAUUACUAUAAUUUCGAGAUGAAUCUAGCCAUGUUAAUUUUAUUUCAUUUGAAGGACAUUAUAUUUUCCAUAAGAUGCAUGCGGUGUCCUUUAUUAAUCGAAACAGGUUUUUAUUUAUCUAAAUCUUUACUAAUUAUUUUAAUAAAAUUUUCUGUACAACAUUGAAAGUUUAAUGUGUACUGCUUAUCGAGCUUUUACAUUUUCUCUAAAAUUUUUGACAGUAGUAUUUAACAAAAUAUGACUAGUAUUACAAUGGUGUUGACAGCUUUUUAAACUAGAGUUAAUUUAUACAAAAGUAUCAACUUUGUAUAAAAAAAUAACUGUGCGCGUAGCUUGCUUAGAUACCUACUUGGAAAGUGUGGUCUUGAUGUUAAAUCAAGGCUUUGCUUUUACAGCAUACGCCUUCAGUUGUACGACAUAUACGUACUUAAUUUAUAAUUGAUAUGUUUAGCUCAUAUAUUAUAUAUAUAAUAGCUCAUUCAACUACAUGACCAAAAUCUACGCAAUAAGUAUUACAGUAUUUCAAUAGAGCUACGCAAGUUCAUUAUUAAAUUUAAGAGCAUUUCUGGAAGACGAAAUAUUUGACAUUAAAAAAUAGUGAUCUAAAUCGCGCAGUGUCUCCUGCAUUGUUAUUGUGCUGAUCAAAGUAAAAGUAUUUUACAAGAACUGUAGAUAAGUUUAGUUAGAAUGUAGUAUGAAGAAGUUUAAAGGUCGAAAUUAAAUCCUGUGUUGGUUUAAGGGAUGCUGUGAAUAGUAUAAUUACAUUUUUAAUUAGUUAUAUAUUUAUAUUGAUAUUUUAGACAAAAAGUAUCCUGGAAGUGAUUUCUUUUUUGUAAUUUUUUAUUGGUUUUUGAAUAUUAAAUGUAUAAGUGUGUUUUCUAUUUAGAAAUUUAUAAAUUAGUACGAAUUUUUUAAAUAGUGACUGACCUUACGCUUAAGCGGUCUCAAUCUAGAGGGCAGUGAAAGUCGGGGGGCGGUAAAAUUUUUUCUAAUAUUUAGAUGCUGAGUACGAAACAAGACUACACCGCCGAUAGCCACUUUGACUGAACCUUAGAGCGCUAGCAAAAUAAUAAUUAAGAUUUUUGACUUUUUUUAUAUAAAUUUAAUUGCUACCAAAUAAAAUUUUCGUGAUUUA